AUGGAUAUUUACCGUGGAACCCUUGCUGCAAUGAGGGCCAUUCGAGGCCUUCGGAAGGCAAGCUCCACUUCCAAUCCAUGGUCGCUUUCAAAUCACUAUAGAAGCCAGGAUGAUGAGAGCACUGGUGCUGUUACAGCUGAGAACUCUACUUCAAAUUCUGCAGCAAGCUUGCACAGCGAAGAGGAGGCUGAUCAAGAGGAUGACCCGUCUACAUAG